GACUCGGACCAGAUCCCCCUCCUCUCUCCUCCUCCUGCACCCCCGGCCCGUUCUGACUCUCGCGAGAGCCGUACAGGAUAUAAAGGCAGCGCCCCGCGCGUGCUUCACGCGUCUUCUUCCUGGCUUGUGUUCGGCGUUUUUGUUUUCGGAGCUGCCGAUAGCAAGAUGUCUUCAGGAAAUGCCAAAAUUGGGCAUCCUGCCCCCAACUUCAAAGCCACGGCUGUUAUGCCAGAUGGCCAGUUCAAAGACCUCAGCCUAUCAGACUACAAAGGAAAAUACGUUGUGUUCUUCUUUUACCCUCUUGACUUCACCUUUGUGUGCCCCACGGAGAUCAUUGCUUUCAGUGACAGGGCAGAAGAAUUUAAGAAACUCAACUGUCAAGUGAUUGGUGCUUCUGUGGAUUCUCAUUUCUGUCACCUGGCGUGGAUCAACACACCUAAGAAACAAGGAGGACUGGGACCUAUGAACAUUCCCUUGGUAUCAGAUCCUAAGCGUACCAUUGCUCAGGACUAUGGAGUCUUAAAGGCUGAUGAAGGCAUCUCGUUCAGGGGCCUCUUUAUCAUCGAUGAUAAAGGUAUCCUUCGGCAGAUCACUGUAAAUGACCUUCCUGUCGGCCGCUCUGUGGAUGAGACUCUGCGACUGGUUCAGGCAUUCCAGUUUACUGACAAGCAUGGGGAAGUGUGCCCAGCUGGCUGGAAACCCGGCAGUGAUACCAUCAAGCCUGAUGUCCAGAAGAGCAAAGAAUAUUUCUCUAAGCAGAAGUGAGCGCCAGGCCAUUUUAGGGCUGGGCUUCAGUGGGUGGCCAUGAAAACAAAAUCUCUUUUGUACUAUUGUCGUGCUUAAAACACAAGACUUUAGACUCUGUGCAAAUGUGUGGGACAGGACAGGUCUUUCCUGCAGAGGUUGGGGAGGCCAGCUUUUCUUCCUCUGGAGAGAAUGGCCUGAGCUGUGUUACGGGGCAGGCCAAUUGAUAUGUACAGUAGUGGUGCAUCACUUUCAAUCUUUUGUCGUUUCUAUUAAACUUGAACUGACUUGAACUGA